AUAAAAAAAAUUUUUUUUUGAAAUAGAUAAAACUAUUCAAAGAUAGCAAAAAUUUCAACUAUUCGUUUCAUUUGAAGAAAAAAAGUUAUUCAUGUUUAAAAUCGAGCGUGAGCAAAAUGCUCAUAACGGGAGUGCUGACGGGUUAAAUCGCUUUUUUUAAUCAGGGCAUGGAAUAAAUAGAAAAUAUAUAGCUUUUUGAAGAAUGAACUUAAGUUUUGAAUUAAUUAUCCUCAAAGAGAACAAAGGAUUCAUCCAUUGUAGCAGUAAUAGAAUGGUAUUCUAGGGCAAUGUAUGACUAGUAAGGAUAAUCAGUAAACUGCUUUAGGGAAGGAUAUUCCCGUAAAAUGACGUAAGUGUUUUGCAAAAAGGUGACGUAGCGGACCAUAGUAGUUUCUUCUACAAACCUGUUUUAUCAAAACUAUGACCUUAGUUAAAAGGAAAUCCCACAAUUCAUUUCAAAACCGGUUAUAUAGGCUUAUUUGAGCCGAGUAUGACUUUAGUAAUACAUCAACAGCCGUGAUAGCAAGUCACGGACCCGUGUUCGUUAUUGACUAGCUCCUUGUAAUCAAAAUGGGGAAUCAAACCUUCAAGACAUUCAGCAUCGUGGACUUUUUGAAGAUGACAAGCCAGCCGGACUUCUCAAAACUCGUUGCAAAGGAGCACGCCCAAGUUCUGGCUGUACAAUUACCAGGUACUUUUGCUUGUUUUUCAAGACACGAAAAUUCAUCAAAGAAUCGGCAUGACGAUGUUCCGUGUUGGGAUAUUUCUAGAGUGAUUUUAAGCCCACAGAGUGCAACAUAUGAUGAUGAAGAUUGGGAUUCAUCAAAUAUAACCACGAGAUCUGCAGAAAUAUCAUCAACUUACAUACAUGCGAACUUGGUCGAUGGAUUUGAGGAGAUAAAUAAAUUUAUUUGCAGCCAGGGUCCGAAGAAAAACUCGCAUGAAGACUUUUGGAAGAUGGUUUCAGAGCAAGAAUCUUGUAUUAUUGUGUCACUAACGGAAACAGAUGAUGAAGAUCAAGUGUGUUAUGAAUAUUGGGCCAAAGAAGAGGAUUACGAACUAGCGUUUGGAAGAUACAUUGUAAAAACCCUGGAAAUUAAAGAAGAGCCUAGUUUUACCAGAACACGAUUGCGACUCACUGAUGUGAACAGUGGUACCUCUCGGGAGAUCCAUCACUUUUGGUAUACUCACUGGCCUGACUACGGUACUCCUACUAAUCCAGCGGAAAUUUUGAAUCUAAUAUCGCAGGUCAACCAAAAACGAGAAGAGAUAAGAAAGACAGACUGUCAACCAGGACCGAUAGUGGUCCACUCUUCUGCAGGAAUUGGUCGGACUGGUGCAUUUUGCACUAUAGACAAUGCACUAUCACAGUUACGGAAAGAAAAGUCAGUGUCGCUUCCCCAGACGGUGCUAAAAAUUCGGAAGCAAAGACAUUCAAGUGUCUUUCUUCCUGAACAGUAUGCAUUCUGUUACGAAACAUUAGCGCAUGCUUUGAUGACAGAAGUUAAAGAAAUAGCAGCCAAUCAACUGAGUCCAGAUGCUAUUACUUUGGAGCCAGAAACUUACAAUUCACAGAGGAAAAGGUUGAGAGUACUAUAGAUAUGAGAAA